GUCCGGGGCAGCGGGGGACGAUGGCGGCGGUGGCGGCGGAGGGCCGGCGGGUGCUGGUGUACGGGGGCCGAGGGGCCCUGGGCACCCAGUGCGUGCACUACUUCAAAGCCAAAAACUGGUGGGUCGCUAGCAUCGACGUGGUCGAAAAUGAAGAAGCCCACGCCAGUGUCAUCGUCAAAAUGACAGACUCCUUCACCGAACAAGCAGCUCAGGUGACGGUGGAUGUGGACAAGCUUUUAGGCGAGCGGAAGGUGGAUGCCAUCCUCUGUGUGGCCGGUGGCUGGGCCGGAGGCAGUGCCAAGGCGAAAUCUCUGUUCAAAAACUGUGACCUGAUGUGGAAGCAGAGCAUGUGGACCUCAACGAUCUCUAGCCACCUCGCCACCAAGCACCUGAAGGAAGGGGGUCUCCUGACGUUGGCCGGGGCCAAGGCCGCUUUGGAUGGCACCCCAGGCAUGAUUGGAUAUGGCAUGGCCAAGGGAGCGGUACAUCAACUCUGCCAAAGCCUCGCUGGGAAUAACAGUGGUUUGCCGCCCGGUUCUGCGGCUAUUGCUGUCUUACCGGUGACUCUGGAUACGCCGAUGAACAGGAAAUCAACUGAUGCAGACUUCAGCUCCUGGACCCCUCUGGAAUUCCUGGUCGAGUAAGUCCGACAAUGACCA